AUCCCUCAAUUCUCUAUUUCCUUUUCCCCCAUUAAAGUUCUCGGAAACCUCAAAUUGCUCACUCACAAGGGUGAUCAAACAGUUCUAUCCCUUUAUUACACUCUAAUUAUGAUAUCCUCUUCUGUGUUCUUGAUUUCUUGAAGCCUCGUCUAAUGGAAUUUCGAUUUCCCUGUUUCCUAUCACAAUUUUUCACUGAAAUAUUUGAGCAGUUCUCCUUUGCUGAUGCUGAUUUGAGAAAGGAACACCCAGAAUAUCCAGUCCACUGCAAUUUCUGAAAUGGGACUUGGAAAGGUAGUGUAUGCAGUGAAGAAAUAAAAGAGCUGCUUGUGAUUUUUCAAGAAGAUGACAACCCUUAGACUGAAAGAUCGCACUGAAAAUCAGUGCUCAGAAAUGUUGCUUGCAACGGAAACUAAGUUACCCGAGAUUGAGGGAUUGGUGCCCAAACCAUCCGUUGAACAGAUAAAUGAUCAUGAAGAAGUGUCUAAUCCGGAAAACGAUGCCCCUAUUGAGGUUUCAUAUGAUAACUCUAAUCAUUCGUGCCUGGUGGACAUUUUUUACAAUGAUGAACUCGACUUCCUUGAAGUGCAAAGGAUAAAUAAUAUAAUAAAAGCUGCGUACAAGGAAUUCAUGGCAAUAGCUAUCGCAGCAAAGGCUUGGAUUUUGGAUCCUCCAGCAGUAGGUGCUGUAGAGGAAUUUCAAGAGAUGUUCCACACUCCACCACCUCAUGGAUAUACAGUUGAACGUACAGUCGAGACUGCCAUUCUUUCUAUUCCUUCACGUUCACUGAUGUCAAUAAUGAUGGAUGGGGGGAAAUGGGCUUCAAUGUUUUCAAGCAUCAUUUGUUCUGAAUCAGAUGAAAUUGUUCUCGUUCCUUUGAAAAAAUUUUGGAUGACUGGUCCAUGUGAUUGGGACUUUGUAUUGAUGAAUGCCCAGUUUAGACUGCCAGCUGAAUUCCUGCCAAGAUGGAACACUCGCUUUUUGAGAUUUAAGAAACUGAUCGUGGGGGAUACAUAUGCAAUUUUUGAUGUGUCAACUGAUUAUUUUGAGAAUAUGACAGCUGAUCCUACACAGAAAAUUGUAUAUAAACGGAGGCCUUCAGGACUGAUAGUUCGACCGAUUGGUUUUCUGUCUGAGGUCAUAUGGAUAGAAAAUGCAGAGGUGAAGAAGAUUGACAUCCCUAACCAUAUGCACUCAACGUUCACUCCAAACUUUCAUUUAACUGCAAAGCAAUGGAUCAGCAUGAUAUCGCAAAAUUUGAAACGUAUAAAUGGCAGGAUAGUGACUCCAGAUAUGUUCGAUGAAAGCAUGGAUGUGCCUGAUUUGCUGACAAUUGGGAACAAUCUGAGGAAAUAUUUUCUACAAACAGUUAAUCCUUUUCCAACAGAAAGAACAUGGGAUUUGUUUUCUGAUGAUAAAAUAAGGAUUUCGAGAGACAUAAAAGCAAGUUACAUUGGCUAUCACGAUGAUUGUAUUGCCAUACGUACCGUAUGUAUUGCUGAAACCCCCACCACACUGUUAACAUAUCUAGACGUAAAUAAUCACAUUUUUCAGACGAGCAAAAAUUCACAAGCACAGCUCGAGAUGGCAGUUGCACUUUUGGCAACAGAUGAAAGUUCUUGCACUAUUUUAAGUAUGAAAAAAGAAAUAGGAGACGAGGAUUCUAAGGACAAUAAAUUUUUCCUACAAGAGUCUACAGAGAAUGAAUAUUGCUCCUUCAUCCUAUCAUCACAAAUGUCAGAAGCGGAUGUUCAUAUCUCUCUCCUACCAAGGUUUUGUAGGAAUAGUUUGUUUUUGAGACCUUCCGGUUUUGCCAUAAUGCCUGCAGGACCAGGAGGUCUACAGUCCAAGGCAUCAUUUGUGACCAUAUAUAUUCGUCGGGAGCUCAAAAAUAUGAAAGUUGAACAAGUGAUUGAAGCAAUGAGUUGUCACGUGAAUGCUGUCAUUGAUCGAAUAUCCAAUAUUCAAUUUCCAUGUGCUAUAGAUGGGGAGGUUGAACACAAUUAA